AUGGAGUCUGGAUCCUUUCCGACCCUGGACGCGCUGCACUUCCCGUCGGCCCAACAGUCCAUCUCACAAACGCUGUCCUCCUUGCGUCGCUCGGCUCUGUCGGUUUCCAACCGGCUGGAGUCCAUUAAAGCGGACGCGGACUUUGUGCGAGAGGCUGCAGACCACUAUGAUUUGCCGCUUGUCGCCAAUGAACGUUGCGGCAGCUGGUAUAUCUCGCCCGAUGCCAAGGUGGGCAGUGCCUAUUUCAAGAGCACGGACGGCCACACCGGUCAAUGGGACUUUAGCUUUCGUAGGCUGAACCUGCAGCUUCUUCCGCUAGCUAGGAAGCAUGGGGGGUGUGUAAUAGUCGACUCGACCCGCCGAGGCAAAUUGAUGCCAGACGCCCUGUCAAAGACAAUUCCAAUCUGGUGCGCCGUGAUCAACCGAGCUCUCUUCCCAACAGAGACAGCCUUUCAUUCCGUACAACUGCCACCCAAAUUCCUCGGCGAAUCCGAGGAAUCACAAAUCGAAACCCGUCUCGAUGGCUUCGUAUCUUCACUCAAGGGCCUGAAACUGGAUCUGGACCAGCUGCGACAACAGCUUGGGAAGCCCAUUCGUGUUGCAUGGGCCAACCGCUCGUAUUUUUACCCGACAGAUCUGCAUAAGAGCGAUGCGUAUAAUCUCUUUGUCCUAUGCUCCGCCUCGAAACGUGUCCAUGGUGCUGAGAUGUCCGAGGGUGGAUACAUCCAGGGUGCUGGGGAUGACAGCGAGGGAUGGGCGCACGGGCUGACGCCACCGGUCUUUUGGGCGAAUCAGGCUGUUUUGAAGCAAACCACUGAAGAAGACCUUCCGGAUCUUAUUUCUGAGUUGGUGAAACAAUACCGGCAACAGAGUGGCGGACAGUCCGCGACUCUCAUUUCGCCAACUCGUAACCUCUUCAUCGGCCAAACGGACGCACUUGUGGAUGACACCAGCAGGUAUGAUUUAGUCAUUGACUGCAAUGGGAAUCCCACCGCCGUGGAAGGGAAUGAAAAGCGAUUGAACCUGGGGUGUGGGUCAUUGAAGCUGGGCAGUCGUGAUCUACGCAAGUCUCUCGACAAAGUGCAAGAGUUUGUCAGCGCGCAGCUCGGAGCUGAUCCAUCGCGCUCGCUACUGGUGACCUGCGACACGGGCAAAGACCUGUCGGCAGGAGCAUUACUGGCGAUUAUCUGCCUAUUUUACAAGGACGAUGGAACCUUCGAAGCCUCACAAAGCAAGAACCCGAUCAGCAAGCAGUUCAUCCGACAGCGUCUCGCGUGGAUCGUUUCGUCCAAACAUGACAUAAAUCCGUCUCGCUCGACGCUUCAAUCGGUGAAUGCCUUUUUGAUGUCUUGA